UCUCUUUAAUUCUUUGUUUUAUGGUUGCAAAGAGGAGGGAAUUUUUGAACUCCAAUUCACCCCCCUUUUUGGAGUGCAUUGAGCCAACAAUUGGUAUCAGAGCAAGGGCUCCAAUUUGAAGGUUUAACCACCUAGGAGUUGAUCGGGGAUGGCUCAAUUUCAAGCUUUUUAACCACUUGAAGGUUUGUUUACCACUUGGGCUCUUUUCUUUGAUGGUACUAAUUAUAAUUAUUGGAAGAAUAGGAUGAAGGUGUACAUGCUUGCAAAUGAGCCUAGGGCAUGGAUUGUGACUAUGAAAGGUCCAUAUGUGCCCAUGAAAGUUGUUGGAGAAAAUGAGGUGCCAAAGGAAGAAGUUGAAUGGAAUGAUGAUGACUUGGGAAAGAUCAUGAUCAACAACAAAGCAAUCAACAUGCUUCAAUGUGCUUUCAAUCCAACAAAAUUCCAUAAAGUUUCUGGGUGUGAUACGGCUAAAGAGAUGUGGGACAUGUUGGAGGUAACACAUGAAAGAACAAGCCCAGUGAAGGAGUCAAAAAUCAAUAGACUCAUUCACAUGUAUGAGCUUUUUAAGAUGAAACUAGAGGAGAGCAUUCAAGAUAUGUUCUUAGAAGCUUGCCCAAGAAUUGGGAAGCUAAGAAGAUCGCAAUUGAAGAGUGAGGAUUUCAACACUCUCAAGCUUGAAGACCUCAUUGGAAAAUUGAUGAUAUAUGAACUUGAUGUUCAAGUUGAUGGUGGAGUUGAAGUAGUUGAGAAGAAGAAGAAGGAUGUUGCAUUCAAGGCUCGCAAACAAAAAGAAGAAAGUGAAGAUGAUGCUAGUGAUGAUGAGUCUAGCCAUGAGGAGGACAUCACCAAAUUGGUAUCAAAAGAAGUGAAGAAAUAUAUAAAGAAGAGCCUUAAAGGGAAAUCCUCUAGAAGAAACAAGGAAAUUCACAACUCUAGAGGAAGAAUAUGUAGUAGUGAUGGUGAUAAAAGAAAGCCAAGCAAGAAUCAUAUCAAAUGUUAUGAGUGCAAUGAAUGGGACACUAUAGAGAUGAAUGCCCUAAAUUGAAGAAAGGAAAGAAAAACAAAGCAUUUGUUGCCACUUGGAGUAAUGAUGAAUGUAGCUCAUCCAGGAAUGAAAGCCCUGUGGAAGAUGAUGUGUCCAAUCCUUGCUUUAUAGCUCAAGAAAAUAACUUCUUUGAU